AUGCCUCGUAGAGACUCUGACAGCGAGGACUUUGAGGCUGAGCUCGAUGCUGAAGGCUCGAGUGAUGAUGAUCUGGAAACAUUAAGGACGAUCCUAUCUGUUCCUCAACCUGAUGCACCAAUGCACGAAGUUCACAAGGCUCUUGAAACUACUCAACAAGCAUACAAUACACUACGGGUAGAUUUUCGGUCUCUGAAGAAAGACUACCUUACACUUUCAGCCUCGGUUCCCGCACGCAGCCGCAACCGCACACUCAAGAAGACGUCUGAGCUUGACACCAAGAUCACUGCGGAAGGGAAGAAGUAUACAUUAUUUCAUCAUUUCUGGCUUAUCCCUGGCGUCUUCCCAACGACUCCUCAGCCUAACGUCGACCCACAUAGUCCUACACGUUGGGCUUCUCCUGAGGCCAGGCUCAGUGGCACUAUGGCGGAAUUGUAUCAGUGUAUGCCCAAGGAUCUCCACAAGUCCAUGGAAAGAUAUACAGCAUUUGAUUCACUGUUUCAUGCUGCAGUCAGCGCAGAGCGUUCGAACAUCAUUCACGCUAUCAAGAGCUGCGCUGGCAUCAUUUUCUCAGCACUUGAGCUCGACCCAACGCUCUUCGUAUCUCAGACGGAUGUUAGAAAGCGGGACAACAAAACCCUCCUUUGCUUGCUGAAGAAAAAUGGCGAGGGAGAAUAUAUUCGCUUGGCACCUGUACUAUUCGUGAGGCCUGAUGCAAUGACAGCCGAUGUGUUCCUCAAGAACCCCGUCCUCGUCAAAAUUGUUUGUGUCGAGAUAUACGGAAAGAAGGUCCUUUCUGGGAAGAUCAAAGGCCAGAAGGCCAGGGGACAGCGCUUCAAUGUGCAGUGUGUAACUGAAGGACUGAUUGUGGGCGCCGCUGUUAUGGCACAUUUUUUGUUGACGCACGAUCCUGAAUUCACAGCGACUGGUGCAGAGACCAAGAUUAACUACCAAGCCGACUACAACUUCCACCUAGAGCGCCUAUUCAAGCGCACGCCGUGGGCACGUAGUGUCAUGGACUACUUCAACAGGGAGGUUUUUGAUGUCACUCAACAGUCUCGGGUACAAGCCUCCGAUGACUCUCCUUUCAUCUCUCAACCUCGAACAUGGGAGGAUGAUCUUCUUGAUGAGCUUGACGCUCCUACUCAGACAUUGACUCUCACUUCCUUACCUUCCGCUAGCUCGAUAGCGGUCGACGUCACCUCCAGCUACCACAGCUCCAUGUCUGUCCACCAAGGACAAUCCGUGUCUGCAACUGGGCAGCUACAACUCGGCGUCAGUCAGUUAUCACUGGAGAAAGUACCGCCUGCAUCAACAACUCACAGCGCAUCUUCUCGCCAACUUCGAGUGCCAGUUACUGAGCCACCUUUUGUGCCCGAGCCCGAAGAAACCACGCGUGUCACCCGCCAUGGUGGCACCAGAGCAGUUGCUCCUAGUAGGGCCGGAAGGGGGAGGGGGAAGGGGAAGGGGAAGCAAUUAUGA